AAAUAGUUAUCCCACAUUUCAAGUUGCUCUUCGCUGAGAUCUGGACACGACCCACUCAGCAGCUGUUUGCCGUCCGCACCUGAUGACUCGUCGUCUUCAACAAUCGGUGCAUCGUCCGGUGUAGUAGCACCGUUUCGGUCACUGGCAUAACCAUUUGGAUCUAAUGGAUGCGAUGAGCUGGGUGAUUCCGACGAGUUCAUCACCAGCGAUUGUGUGUUCUUAUUACGCUUUCGUCGUUUUUUCCGCAAAACAAUCGCUGGAAUCGGUGGGCCGACACCUUGAUUAAGAUUAGUGAUGUUGACAGUAUACCCAUUUGGGAUGACAGGCAUCCGUGGUGCGAUAGGGCCGGUAGCGGCCGGCGGCAUUGGUACCAUUGGCGGGAAGGGCGGAGCCGCCACGUAUGGAGGAGCAUGUGUCGGUGGUAUGGCGAAAGGCGGAGCCACACAAUUCGCCAUGCCGACCGGUGGUAAUUGUCCAAUAGGUACAUAA